CAUCGCAGAGCAAAAGAGAGAGGGAGUAGAAGAGGGAGACGCACACGAAAACUGGUUCCAUUCGAUCUCUUUACAGUUCCUCGUUCGUGUCUAUCCCAACAGUUCCACUUCGACUUGUGUUAGUUACACAUCUGGGAAUCGCGUUUCUCGGACUUGCUGCUCGUGUUUCCAGCCUUGACAGUUCUGAGAUGUUUCAUGGAGCUAUAAACUUCUUCAGCACAUCUCUCAUCACAAUCAGGCAGUUAAUCUGACCGAUUGGUCUCGACUCAGAGCUCUUUAGGCGAAAAACACAGACAAGGAACCCUGUCCAUUCCUGAUUUUUUGGGCAGCGCAGAACUAGGAUCUAACUAGAGAAUCAGCCACACCUCCACUCCACAAUGACUUCAGUGGCCCAAGGAUCCGAGAAGAAACUUCACAAAUUGAAGAAGCAACUUUCCAUCGGCAACAUCCGCAGAAGGCUUCAUCGGUCUCCUGAUUCCCUGGAUCAGACUUUUGACGAGCAGGAGCAUCUUUUGGAAGAGGUGGAACAACUGUCUGAAUCCGCAGGGCCCAAUCGACAUUCCACCGAACCAGAUGUGCCCAGUCCCAAACUGAAAAUCCCAUCAUCCUUGGUGACCUUGACAGAGUUGGAAAAGAAGCAACUGGAAGACGUUCUUAUGAGGAUAGGGCUCAAGGACUGUGGCCUUUGUUACAAUAGAGACUUGUCUUCCCCUAGCGGAAAAAGAAAGGACUUCGAUCAGUCAAUAAAAAGACAAGGAAAAACAGGCGGAGACAUGUCGAGAUACUUCAAGAAUAAUUUAUCCAGAGAUCUUGACAUUUUGGUGGAGACCAGCGGCAAGUCGGACCUGAAGCCUGAUUGGAAGCGAAGGCUGAGUCUAUCCAAGGACAAACUUUUGGAAAAGUUCGAGGCUGCCGUUGGACCAACUUCCAAUACGUCGAUCUUUACCGGCCAAGCCGGCUAUUCUUACCUCUAUUUGCACUUGGCCAAUUCCACCCAAAAUAAGGACGAGAAGCGAAAGUUGCUCUCCAAAUCUUGGGCUUGGUUACGCCCUUGUUUGGAACAAUUAGAUGGACGAACCAUCUCCUUCCUGCUCGGGGAUCCCGGACCCAUGGCCUUGGCCGUGGUCCUUCUUCAUAGACUGGAAGAUCAUCUCCAUCGAGAUAUGUAUUUGAAGCAACUUCAUCAAUUUCACGAGAGAGCAUUGGAUGCUAAUCAUCCUGAUGAGAUUCUCUAUGGCCGUGCUGGGUAUUUGUACAGUUGUUUGUUCGUUCAAGAGUUUGGUGAUCCUAGUUUGAUUGAGCAACCAGUUCUGGCCAGAAUAAUCCAGGCUAUUCUGGCCAAUGGUCGAAGCUAUGCCAAAGCCACGAAAAGUGAAUUUCCACUCAUGUAUCAGUGGCACCGCUCGGAAUACUUGGGACCAGCCCAUGGGAUCUCUGGCAUUUAUUACAUCCUCCUGCGAUGCAAGUCAUUCCUGACCCACCAGGACCUACAAGAUAUCCAGGUGUCCAUGGACAUUUUGGCCAAAUAUCAAUAUCCAAGUGGGAAUUUCCCUUCCUCGCUGCCUCCCAAAGAUGAUCGGUUGGUCCAAUGGUGUCACGGAGCUCCCGGCAUAAUCCACCUGUACUUAUUGGGGACUCAAGUGUUCCCAGCCAGAGCGGAUGAAUACCAUCGGAUUGCUCGGAAGUGUGCCGAAUGCACUUGGGACCGUGGUCUUCUAACGAAGGGCUAUGGUUUGUGCCAUGGAGCCGCCGGAAACGCCUAUGGAUUCCUUGGCCUGCAUCGGGCGACCCAAAACCCCGAGUAUCUCUGUAUGGCGGCUGAAUUUGGCCGUUGGUGCACGGAUUACGGUCGGCAUGGGUGCUCAGAGCCCGAUGAACCGUUGAGUCUCUACAACGGAUUGGCGGGAACGAUUGUUUUCCUCUCUGAUUUGCUCCAUGGACGCUCCGAAUUUCCUUGCUUUGGACUGCCUCAAUUUGAUUGAAGCGAGUUUUCCAAGAACGGGAAGCGCAGUCACCACGACUAACUCUCAUUAAGAUUAAGGAGAGCAACUAAUUAUUUUCACAGCUCUCUUUCCUCCCCUUGUUUGAAUUUCCCAACUCUUAUCAAUCGAGCACCUACAGCUCUGGUUCAGUCCCAAACUAAUCCAUCCGAAUCGCGAAGCGUCACACCACCACAGCCGUCGCAGCCACCGCCAGCGCCACCGCCACCACCACCUCCUCCAUCAUCGCCGACCGAUCCAAUCCAAAUAGGAGCAAGGAGCGUCACUUUUUGUUGUACGGACGUACGCUCCCUCCUUUCAACUUGUGCUAUGCCCGUGCUUUGUGCUUCCAAAAGAAACCCCCAUGGCCAUCCAUCUCUAUCCAAGCCACCCUAAUUUCUACGAGCAGGCAGCAUAGAAAUGAGGUGGAUAUACUUUGUUUAUGGAGUGCUACAACAAAGCCCACAUGAAGUGAAGCCACAAGUUUUUCCAGCAUGCGUGAAGAAGCGUCCUCAUGAGAAUCCAACCAUCCUAUCAUCAUCCAGGCCGUUUUACAGAUCUAACAUAAGCGUACCAAACCCAGUAAACACCUCAUUCAAUCCAUCGAAAGCCACCAGAACAGUGCUCUGUGGUUGUGUGGUUACCCAUUAGGGGUUCAAGGGGUGCAAUAAAAAAGACCAUCAAAGCACCAGUCAAACCAUAAACCAUUAAUCUAAGCAAGAAACAGUAGCUCAAAAUUAGUCGAUGUGCCUCUUUUGAGGCAGGUCUACGCUCUCCACAAAUAGUUUUUCCUCUGCUAAGAGUCAAAAGCUGGAGAUUUGAGGCAGGAAGAAGGAAACGGGGAGACCACUCCACAGACUGCCAAUCCAGACUGCAGCCCCCAAUACAACGAAGAGCUUGCCUCCAUCCAUCCGUCCGUCCAUCUAUCGGUCCCAUCACUUCCAGAAUCCACUCACCAUCAUGCAUUGCAAUAAAGCUUCCCUAUAAGCCUGAGGAAAAAAUCCACCCAAGCCAUAGAGAGCUCCAAUCGGAUCAGUGGAUGGACUGGAUGGAAGUCAGCCAGCCAAGCAGCCAGCCCACAAGCUCCAUGCACACACGCACACACCGAGGACGGUGGAGGACUAAGUCACUCUCACAAUUCAUAGGGGAGGCGUACCUCGAGUGAGAGAGUGAGGGAGUGUAUGUAUGUAAUAUUCGGUUGUUCUUCAGUUGUCACGGAGCUGUGGUGUGAGUGAGACCUCAUCCUAGGACUGGUGGCUUGGUUGGAACGAGUGGUCUUUGUGAGCGAGAAAGAGAGCUUGUACAAGUAGUGAACGUAUUCCUUCAGCGAGAUCUCAGAUCUGCAAAUCCGAGUAGUAGGACUUCAGGUAAGAUUUUCCUCAAGUCUGGCUUGGUUGGAGCGGGGAAAUGCAUUUUGAUAUUCGACUGCAGAGACGUCACGCUCUGACCUGGAUUGACACCAGAUAAGCGAUGACAAAACAUGUUCUUUUGAACCAUCACACACACAUACGCACACACACUGUAAACACCGACAUCCCAAGCCCUCACCCACCCCUGAGGGCGUGGAUGAUGAUUUGAAGAUUGAAAAAUAAAAUCUGUUGUCGAGA